UUCUUAUUACUUCUCCACCCUUCUCGGCGGCGCUUUCUACAUUUCUUCUCAACAUAAAAAAAAAAAAAGAAAAAUUGAAAAUGUCAAUCCUUUCCCUUUCUCCAUUUCCUAAUCCCACUCUUCCCCAUCUUAGUUCCCAUGCACCCUCCCACAUCGAAUCAUCCAUGACCUUCCUUAAACCUCUCCACUACCAUCUCCGCCGCCGUCUCGCCGUCACCGCCGCCGCCGUCCGUCAAGACACAAACCUCUGGACAACCGCACCUCUCCUCACAGUCUCACCCGCCGCUACUGAAUCUCUGUUCCACGUCACUAUCGACGUGUCCGAUUACCCUGACCUAGCUACCUCACACACAAAACCAGGUCAAUAUCUCCAACUCCGUAUCCCUGACGUUGAGAAACCCUCGUUUCUCGCGAUCGCAUCGCCGCCGUCGGUUGCUGCAUCGAAAGGUGUGUUUGAGUUUUUAGUGAAAAGUAUAUCAGGAUCUACGGCGGAGAUGUUAUGUGAGCUGAAGAAAGGAGAUGUAGUGGAGUUGAGUCAGGUUAUGGGGAAAGGAUUUGAUUUGGAACAAAUCUCACCGGUUGACAAGUAUCAGACGGUCCUGAUUUUCGCUACCGGAUCUGGAAUUAGCCCUAUUAGGUCCCUGAUUGAGGCAGGAUUUGGUGCAGACAAGAGAUCUGAUGUUCGGCUAUAUUAUGGCGCACGGAAUUUGAAGAGAAUGGCAUACCAGGAUAGGUUUAAGAACUGGGCAUCCUCUGGGGUUAAGGUUGUUCCAGUGUUGUCUCAGCCUGAUGAUGGUUGGACAGGCGAACACGGCUAUGUUCAGGCUGCAUUUGCGCGAGCUAAAAACAUUUUUAGUCCUCAAUCCACUGGAGCAGUCCUCUGUGGUCAAAAGCAAAUGGCUGAGGAGGUGACAUCUCUUCUUGUAGCAGAUGGAGUCUCAACUGAGAAGAUAUUGAAGAACUUCUAAACAAAAACCAAUUUUGGUUCAUCGUGUUGUAUUAGUGUCUAGUAUAAAACCAAUUCAUUGAAUUUCACCUGCUGGCUACAAGGAAUCCAGCAUGGAAAAUAGCAUAAUGUAACAAUCUUAGCCAUCAGGCUAUACAAAGUCCAAUGUGAAGCAUCUUAAUGUAUUCAAAUUCAUUGACGGCAAUGAAGAAGGCAAAAACUGUAAUGCUCUUUCUAUAGUUGCUGUUUAUUUGAAUUGGCCAGUAAUUAGUGCCUCUAGACCUGUGGCUGUAAUCAGUCCCCAUUUUUUUCAUAUACAAAAACACAAGGCAUCAAGUUUACUGUA